CGCAUGAGUUGUGUAUACUUGGUUAUUUACCGUGACGCUGAAACGAUCUUGUUAAUCACAGUGCAUUUUGUAACCCUUGCGACUUGGCCAAUUCACAGUAUUGUUGUGCCGAAUUAGUUUAUUUCAAGAAACAUAUCGCUAUAUUUAGUCGAAACAUCGAGUUGGUAUGAUAUAAACUUUAUAUCUCUCGCAGUUAUUGAUCUCUAGACGUCGCUAUUGCGUUGCCUUUUGGAUUCCGACUUAAAGUUACUUUUAUUAUUGUGAUACACCGUUUACAAAAGGGAUUAAUGUCCGUCCUACUGUGGCAAUAGACGAGUCUUUGUUAUCGCGAAUCGAUCUUGUGCGAGGUUCUUCUAUAUAUUCAGGGGGAAUCGCUAUAAUAAACACUUUGCAUUCCAAGCUCGAGUGCAUUCAAGUGCGUUUUACUCCCGGCCGCAAUUUAAUAAUAAAACAACAUUGUUACUAAAGUGCUGCUAUUUGGUACUUCAACCUCGGAAGCUCUCGUGCCAAUCGGUGUGGAGUAGUAUUAAACAGAUCUACAAGCAAAUCACCAGCAGAAUUUUGGUAAGUUUUAGCACAGCUUUAUAUUACAGACUUUAUAUUCUGUGUGUUUCCAAAAUGACAUGAUCGCCGUCGUGGCUAAUAAGGCAUGAUGAAAGACGUAACCUCUUAAUAAGGCUAUUUUCAAUGAAUCAAUGUCUUCGCAGCGCUUUUGUGAGGUCAAAAUGGGCUCAGAAUGGUUGUUUUAACAAUUAGCUACCAGCUGUGUUUGUGUUUUAGACCACUUUGUACUAAAAAGGCCAAUGGUUCCGCGUUGGUUUGUUCGUAUCUAAUACUUAAUAAGAAGCAAAUCGAUUUUUGAAACACUAACUUAUUGCGCUAUGUCUAUGACAUGCAGUACUGUUCAUGUGUUUUAACAUUGCCGAUUUGUCUGAAAUUCCAAGUGCUUUAAUUUCGUGUUAAAUUUCUAAGCAGGAGAGCUAUUUAACAAUCCAUGGGGCCUGUUUAAUGUUGAAAUAUAUACUUCUGAAACCGAUGCCUUUAAGGUCCGUUAGUACAAAGAGGCGAAAUAUUUUAAGCCUCGAAAGAUAAAUGCCCUCUAAUUCGGGGCAAAUUAUCGCCUAGACAGCCUGACGGACGAAAGACGGAUUAUAACAAGUCGAAGCCCAAAUGACGGCGUUUAAAGUCUUUCAGAAUACCGGCUUCGUUUAUGAACUAUACUUGUCAAAUAUUUUACAGAAAUUGUCAGGAUGUUUUUAAGCAUUCCAGCGAUAACCUUAUUGUUUACAAAUCAGGCAAAUCUGUUUUAAUUGUAUGUUUUUGUACAUUUGGACAAGUAGCUACCCCAUAAAGGAUCUUUGGUAUUAGACGUUAAUAACCAAUAAUAGCGAUAAUGCGGGAGAAUUACGGGGAAUACUUACGAAAUCAAAUGCGUGUUUGCUCUUAUUGAAAUUCAAAGUCUCAAUUGGCUAUAAAAUCGCAGGUAUAAAUUGCGUCAAAUUGUUACAUUAUAUUUUUAAAAUGUUGCUGCAUUCUGGACUGUUGCGAACUAUAGCAGACACAGAGUAUAUAUUUUUUGUGAUAUUUUUUGUGAUAAUCUAUGGGCUAAAAUCGUAUCCUGUGGUGAAUGCCAGAUUGGCAAAUAUUUUAUCUCUAUGGCGCGUUGCUUGAACGCACAGCUACAAAAGUGUCAACUAAUUGUGCAAAUAAAAGUGUAUCAAAAUAACGCCAACGCGAGAGAACGAAAUGUCGAAAUUGUGCGCGAUGUUGUGGGGGGAUUUAAAACUACCGCGAUUGUACGAAGAAAAGUAUAGUGUUUUUCAACUGGAUAGCUCUAUCAGAGUUCUAAACAGUUCUCUCUCUGAGAUACAGACGUAGGUCUACAGUUAAUUAUUGGUUGAGUGUUGUUACUACAGGGAGAAACUUGAGUCCCCAGAGAAAAACAGCGGUGUACUGUUUGUUAGAGCCAAACUCAGGAAGGACGUUUCUCACAAGAAACUGAGGCUAAAUUUAAUAUAAUCGUACAACUACAUAAUCUCGUACCUAGACUAGAGUAUGCCAAAACUCCUUGCAGAGUAUAUUAUUUGUGUAAACAAUGACUCAAAAUUUUGAGCAAACUCAACUGCGGAAUGAAGUUUCAAAUUUACUUAAUGUUUUGACUCGGUAAAGAUUUACGAUUUUACUGUAAUCAAAAAAUAAGUAAAGUUACUGUGGCUGCAUUAUUUUAUACUGGAGUUUUGAGUCAGUAUUUGAAGCAUUAGCGAGCUUAGCCAAGCGACGUUUUUGUCAAUACGGACAUCACCAGAAAAUUGGAAAAUCUAAUUCUGCCGCCAUUUUGCAUCACAUGCACUGGCGCUCGUAUAAAGCCUGCAGCACACGAGAGCUAUCUGCUGAGCAAAAAGUUACUCGUGCCUGUUAGCUCAGCCGAUAACUCACCGUGUGUGCGCGUACAUUUUACUGAGUUUUUUGCCUCAUGCAACCUUUUCUCACGUAUCAAACAUGUUUGAUCGGUGAGCUAUCUGCUGAGCUAACAGGCACGAGUAACUUUUGGCUCAGCAGAUAGCUCUCGUGUGCUGCAGGCUUAAAGGAAGCGAAAAAAUUUUAAAAUCUUGUGUUUUGUCAUAUAUGUUGAAGAUUAUCACAAACUGACACAAACACAGUUUUUAACAGAGAGCCUCGCGUUGGGCAGUGAAGCCCCGUUUACACUACGCUCAAUUUUUGGUGCGGCACGGAUAAAAUUGGUACCCGUACCACUUUUUUGGUUCUUGGACUACCUAUUUAGCUAAGCCCCGUUGACACUACGCUCAAUUUUUGGUACCGUACCACUUGGACUACCUAUUUAGGUAGUUAGGUAGUCCAAGAACCAAAACAGUGGUACGGGUACCAAUUUUAUCCGUGCCGUACCAAAAAUUGAGCGUAGUGUAAACGAGGCUUUAGCCUCCUCCGCAGGGCCUGUCAUAAAUUUCUCUAUAAGUUUCGUGUAACUACUGCCGCCUUUGACUUUGUCCACGCAAUUGCCUGCGGAUGAAGCAUUUGAGAUACUUGAACGCAAAAAACAUGAAGAAUGAAAAAUAUUCCGUUAUUUUAAGUGUGAAUUGAAUGAAGAAGUGUUCAAAAAAUGAAAAACGUGCCGUACUUAUAGUUAUUUCACAAUUUCCGCAUGUUUUGCGUUCAAAACCCUCGAAAACAAUCUUUAAGAAGUCCACAAUUGUGCUAACUCGCCCAAAAACCACAAAAGGCUAUCUUUAUAUCUCGGGGUGUGUUUCGCUUAAUAUAAAUCCCAAAUCGCUAUUUAUUUGCUCGCCAUUCUUUCAUCUAAGACAAAUUGUCGCAUAAUUUCCGGUGUUGUAUUAAAACGCGGUGGACGGCGCCAAAAUAAUGUAUAUUGUUUGCUUACCAAGUUAAUUCCCAUGUAUCUCUUUGUUAAACAUACAUACAAGUUGUCUGCUCAAGAGAAAAUCGUUUUCACACCUAUGAAUGAUUAGAAAACUGUUUAGAAUUUGUUUGAAGUUACGUAAGUACGGUGUACCGACAUUUUAAUUGAGGGAUAUAACGGUUGUUGUCGGUUCGUUUUAGCCCAGUACAAGGGUGCAUACCCCUAGGUUAUCCCCACCUCUUCUUUGCCCCAGGUAAUCCUGAAUAGCAUAUAUGUGACCAGCAGUAUUUCACCCCUGACCGAGAGAGUGCUUUCAGUUCGAUUCGACCAAAGUCUGGUAGGGAUGCCUGAUCUCUAGGGAGAACAGUUUGGAAAUGAUAGAGCUAUAAUCCAGUAUAAAUAAAUCCGGUUUAGGUUUCCUCCUGUAGUAACACUGGGUCAAUAAGAGAUGACUCUUACUGGACCUCUAUGGAGAACAGUUUAGAACUGGUAGAGCUAUCCACUAGUAGAAUUAUUUUAUCUGGCAAACUACAUGAAGCUUCAAUAAGGAAUUGAAUUUUUGCCCCCCUCCUAUGAAAAGAGGGCGUCUUUGCUCUGCAGCGUUAUCGAGUUUAAAUAAAGUUUUAAAUAUUAAGUAAAAAACUGAAUUAACUAACGUUAUUUAUACUGGAUAUGCUGGAUAGCUCUAUAUCAGUUCUUAACUGUUCUCUCUAGAGUGGAGGUCCAGUAAUCCGUGGAGGUCCAUCUCUUAUUGAUUCAGUGUUACUACAAGAGGAAAUGAAAACACUCAUCUCAUAUUAGGCAUAUUAGUGCAGCCAAGAGCACACCAUCAAUCAAACGCAAAACUUGGCAAGAGUCUGAAGAGGCACUGAACGCGACUUUUCAAGCAAAAAGCACAUCAAGCGCUGUCAUGAUUCAAAUGUCCCUAUAAAGUCAAUCGGGGUUGCCAAACAAAUGAACGCGCUUCGCCCCCCUAGCGCGCACAUUGUCUUGUCCCCUUGUCUUUAAGAUCCCCUGACAAUUUAUCCAAUUAUCUUGUGUUUGCUUUGCGGUCCGCACUUCGCCAGUAAAAUAGCUUAGAUCAUUUAUACCCACAAAUAGACUGACAAACAAGGAGACACGCUGUGCCAAUGGCGAGCUUAACAAAGUUUUAUAACAUGUUAUUGUGUGUAUACCUUUUUUGGGUAAUAUUAGGACGUGCUGUUUUAUAUAUAGAACAAGAUAAGCGAGGGAAUAGGGUUAAAAGAUAACAGCGUUUGUCGUGGGAAGGUCUCUAGGAAUAUUAUUGGUGUAUAUAUAUUUAUCCAGAGCGUGGGUUGAUAGUGUUAUACAGUUGGUUGAAAUUUUUGAAACAUUUAUAGUCUUGAGUGGUUAGUUUUGUAAGUACUGCUAGCCUCUUUACUUUUUGAAACUUUGUUCUAAUCAAACUUAGUAAGUUUAUUUAUACUGGAAAUCUAGCUGGAUAACUCUAACAGUUCAAAAUUGUUCUCUCUAUAGAGGUAUAUACUGCUAAAACUUGAUUACCUGGAGAAAACUUUGGUAUAGAGUCGAACUGAAGCGCUCUUCUGACUAUGCGACUGAAGAGUGAAGUGAAAUUAACAUCACGCCGGCGACUGCAUAUUCAGCAUGAUUGAAGAGGUUAAAGGCACAUGUAUUGAACUUGGAAAUGUUUUAGAAAAUAUGUCUUAUUCGGUGUUUGACAUGCGAGUUUGAUCUAUAACCGUGAUUUGAUCAUUCACAUACAACAAAAAUCAUACGGAUAUCAAAUAUUCUCCCAUGACCAUGUUCAUAAGUAUACCAUUUUUUGGUAUAUAUGUAACCACGCAGCAUGCACUGAAUCUGUAGUGUAAAUAUCUGAUAGAUAUGUAAAUAUCUGGUCACUGCAAAUUGAACUUUGACUGAUGAUAUUAGUUCUUUUUCAGCGGACAAUCAAGGAUGGGUUGACUACAAUUUUUUUGUAGUUCGCUAUAACUACACUGCUACUUCAAAAAUAUGUAGUCAGCUACAACUACUGCUACUUUUAAAGAAAGGUAGUUCGCUACUGACUACAGCUACUGCUUAAAAAAUGUAGCGAACUAUUUCGCUAUUUCGCUACUCUAUAUUUUUGGUUUUACUGUAUUUGGAGCAUCUAUUAACUCAGGCUGGAAUGUAACCUAUAACAAAUCGAUUUACGAGUAACAACAGUAAACACAAAGCAACAUUUUUGAAAGCACUACAGUGUUCAGGCGUGCAAAUUGACUACAGAGUAUUGAUUUUAAGCAGACCGUGUCUCAGUAUCAUGCUAUUCUAUGAUCAAGUAAUUACUAACAAUUUUAAAAAGUAGCGAAUAGCGAUUCGCUGUUUGAAAAGUAGCCAACUUCUUGGCUACUUUUAGGCAAAAUGUAGUUCGCUAUAAGUACAGCUACUGUUUUAAAAAAGUAGUCAAAAACUACUGGCUACUUGAAAAUUGUAGUUCGCUACAGUAGCGAACUACAACUACUUCGCUACUACCCACCCUUGCGGACAAUAUCGCGAAUGAAACACCCUGUCAAAUUAAGUCACUGGCAGUAUGAAAGUGACAAUGACUUUGGAAUAAAGUCGAAAUAUUAUCUUGAAUUAACUUUGCAUCUUAUAUGAUAGUUAAUCAUUUCUUUAUUUAGAUAUCAUAAUAUCCUGGUUUUAUUUCAACGUAAAAACAAAAGAACCAACGAACAAUAUGCAUACAGGCAUCAGUUUAACAGCUUUCCUCUCGGUUUUAUUUCUGUUACACGAAGUGUCCUCAAAAACAGUCACAAUGUUCUACGACCAGGAAAUAACGUCGGACACAUGUUACAAUCGUUACGGUCGACCACAUCGGUGCCUGCCCGAAUUCAAAAACAUCGCCUACCAACAAAGAAUCAAGGUGACCCACACAUGUGGGCAAAACGGACCGACAAAAUUCUGCAAGGCCAGUUACGAGGGGUGUGGUAUUUGCGAUGCUAAGGACCCUACCCUAGCCCACCCGCCUAGCCAUCUGACCGAUCUAAAUAACCCUUCCGACCUAACGUGCUGGCAAACCGACCCAUUGGACAGUUCUAACCAAAAUGUUACCCUGACCCUAAGUCUGGAAAAGCAGUUCGAUAUUACGUAUAUAAACCUGGAAUUCUGUUCGUAUCGCCCGGACGCAAUGGCUAUUUAUAAAUCGAACGAUUUCGGUCGCACGUGGACUCCUUACCAGUACUACGCGGACCAUUGUAUGCACAUGUUUCACAAAAGUACGCGCGGAAUUGUUAGUCAUGGGAACGAGGUACUAUUUGUUUAAUUUCAUGCGGUUAUCACUCUGAGGUGGACGGAAUGCCUUGACAGGUUUUACGACCCAAUUGACAAAGACCUCCGAGGAUUAUUUUAAAUUUUAAUGCCUAAGGGUUAAUUUUUAACAUAUACCCGGAGAAAACCCUCGAAGAACAAAACUCGACUUACAAAAGACAGCGAAGUUACCCAACCUAAAUAAAUCCCUGCCCUCAACCUACAGUAGCAGGCUUAACUCUGCAGUAAGGGGGCAGCAUGUUGACCAUUUCACUUGUAAAAAUUGUCCAAAUUAAAUUUGAUAUAUAUUUUAAGGUGGAAGCACUCUGUACUGAUGCGCAUUUGUUACGGCCUCUCCGUGGAGGUAGGAUUGCCUUUAGCACCUUGGAGGGCCGACCCUCUGCUCCGAAUAUCGAUGCCAACGAGUUACUGCAAGACUGGGUCACCGCUACAGAUAUCAAGGUACUGUUACUGACAUGCUUUAUAAAUAUCAAGAUUUUGUUGGCAUUUCAUUGAUUAUUAGUUGAAGGGCAUUGUAGACGGAAAUUAUGGAGCGGACAUUUAUUUACAUUUGUUAGACCUAACCAGGAAUUAACAGAAGCGAAAAAUGCAACUUUAGGUCCCUGACAGGAAUCGAAUCUGUGGCUCUGCGAUUCCGGUGCAGCGCUCUAACCAACUGAGCUACAGAGGCCAGCUGUCGAGCUCUAACCACAAGUUCAUGUACACCUGUAUUGAAAACCUUAAGGUGGCUUCCCGUCAAAACAGAACUAUACCUGAGGGAUGCAAUUUAUGCAUUCAAAUGUAUGACUGACCGAGCACCUGGCUACUUGACAACGCAGUUAACUACCAGACAAGAAAUCUCUGGCCGUGUGACCCGCAACUCCCAGCAAUUAAAUAUUCCUCGUUUUAGAACUGCGACUGGACAGAAAUCUUUUUCAUACAGAAUAAUUUCCAUAUGGAAUUCACUAGAUAGUAAUCUUAAAUUAUGUAAUGACAUUCCAGCUUUUAAAAAAGAUCUUAAGAAGAAACUUUUAGGACAAUUUCUAGAAUCAUGAUAUUUUGGAUACGCAUAGCAUACGUAGGAUAUUCUUUUAUAGCUUAUAUAGUAGUUCAUAAAUUAGUUCUUUGUACAUAUAUUUAGAUAUAUUUUAUGUAUGAUCACUGAAAAGCCCCUGAUUGGGGAGCGGGGUUCAUUAAAUUUCAAAUUCAAAUUCAAAUUCAAAUUCAUGUAUAUAUACUAGCCUAUAAGGGUACUGCCAUGUGUAUAGGUGUGUAAAUAUCAAGAUUUUGUCGGCAUUUCUUUCGACUGAUUGAUACACCAUUUCGAUAAUGUACCCAGUUCGUAAGUUUGCACUGUGCGUUUCUAUGCCUUAUUGCAUUUAAAAUCAUCGUGGUUCUAACUUCAUCAGCCUUACUGAACUCGCGUAAUUUAAUUUCGACAUUUUCACAAAGUAACGGGCCGUUUAUACAUUUGCCAUUUUUGCUGCGAUUUUCUUCUGCAUGUGAACGAGUAGAUGAGCUGAAUGAAUGUUCUGAGUAUAUGCGGUACCCUCAUCUGAACAUUCAUAAAGGUUGGUUUACACUAUCAAAGGUUUUGUGAUCACAGUAGGAAUUUUGCAUUGGAAAUUCUAAGUUUUGAAGGAUUUGUAAGAAAUGUUUGUAACUUUGUGGGAACUGACUCAAACAGUAAAAUAAAAUUUAUUUAGCCACGGUAAAACCUUCAGUAUACGCUAUUUUGCAACUGAAGAGAAAAACAUUAAGAGGAGAUUUUUUUUGUAUGUUAUACACGCGCUCAAAACUAAGUAAGAGUUAUAAACCGAGUAGGAGGUUUAUAACUGAUAUAUUGACCCGAGGACGCGUAGCGUCCGAGGGGCAAUAUAUCAGUUAUAAACCGACUUACUCGGUUUAUAACUCUUACUUAGUUUUGAGCGCGUGUAUAACAUACAACAUAUUUUGUCAUUUUGUCAUUCAUACAUACAGCAUUUCCAACAUAUUUUGUCAUUUUCAAAAAUUUUUAAUGAAAAAUUCUCGCGUUUUGUCUACAAAUUUAAUCUAAUCAUUUAUUCAAGGUCUAUAAGCUAGUUAUAAACCUCGGACGAACAAAGAAAACCGACGCAAGUGUGAUAUAAUGCGUAUAAUAUACCACUUGAGGUUAUGACUAAAUUCAAAAUUUUUAUUUUUCGAUAUGUUUCUCAAUCGGCAAACAAACUUAAAAAGUAUGUUUAGUGCUUUAUCUGUAAAAUAAUGCUAAAAUAAAGAGAUUUUAGAUGAUACGCCAAAGAGAAAAUUAUGUCUGAAUUUCAGUAAGUUUUGCUUAUAUGGCUGUAAAUAUGGCGUCAAUUUUAAAGCAUCAUUUAUAAUUGUAUUUUAAUUGACAAUUUUUAACUAUUAUUUUAUGUUUCUCGACCGACAGAUGCAUUUAAAAAGGUAGCUAACUGUAUAAACUAGAGAAUAAAGCAAAAACAAAGUGAUUCUGAGAGGAACGCCAAAAAUAUUUUAGGUUUUGAGCACUUUUCAUUGUAAAUACGCGACAUUGAAAAAAAUUGCCUCUUAACUGGUUUACAAGAUUGCCGUGUGGGAGUCUGCGUUACCAUAGAUAUCGCUAAAAUUAUUAUAAUAGUCAUUUGUAACCUUCUUAAAUUGGGAAAGUAGUGAACAUUCAUAACUCAUCUACUCGUUCACACAUUGUUAAUUAUUAUUAAUUAUUAUCAAGGUGGUAUUCAUGAAGAUCAGUGGUAAUCGUAGACAUUUGGGGACAAACAAGGACAUGCUUUACUAUGGUGUGUCCGAUUUCUCGGUCGGAGGACGGUGUAAGUGUAACGGGCAUGCGUCAAGGUGUGUUAAAAACCACCAUGGGAAGUUGGUCUGUGAUUGUAUGCAUCACACAAGCGGCGUGAAUUGUGACAAGUGCUCAGCGUUCUAUCGAGACAGACCUUGGAUGAGAGCAACUGCUGAGGUGACUAAUGAAUGCAUUGGUAGGUAGAAACCAUAGCAGAAACUAACUUAUAAUCACUUUCAGAAGUUGUAGGGACACAUGUAGUUUUAGCUUGUAAGUGGAUCAUUACAGUUUUUACACACAAUACCGCUCCCCUUCCCCUCCCCCUCCCCCACCCCAAUCAAUGUUGUUUAACUAAAACAAAUUAAACCCGACGAGAAAUGGGACACAACAUUGAACAGGGGGAGGGGGGAUUGUCGUUUGUUGAAAUUCAAAGGUUUUGCGGCAUCUGUCCCAAGACUUUUGAAACUGAUUGUAGGUCCUGUUGAAAGUGCGAGCUUUGGUCUGGUCUGGUCUGGUCUAGUCUGAGCAAAGGCCUGGCCAUAGAUUAAGUAUCUGGCCCAGCAAGGGGGGGGGGGGGUUUAAGCCUGGCGCACACGAGAUAAACUUGCUGAGCUAACCGCCUCGCGUGGCGGCUAGCUCAGCUAUGCAUUUUCACGCUAAACAUACUGAAUUCAACAUACCUGUUUUGACAGCUUGCAACUGCAGUAACCACGCGAAACAUUGCCGUUUUAACCCAGAACUGUACAGACUCGAAGGUCAUGGUGGUGAAUGCAUCCGCUGUCGACACAAUACGGCUGGAAGGUUUUGCCAUUACUGUAAACAAGGUUACUACAGAGAUAAAGGGAAAGACAUCACUCAUAGGAGGGCUUGUAUAAGUAAGUUUAUGUUUUGGUGUAUUACUUUUUGAAUACUGUAAACCAUAGUCAUGGAACGUCUGUCCAUGGUCAAUCAAUAGUGCCAUCCAGUGAUCGGACGGAAUGUUCCAUUGUCUUGAAAAUACCAUUGUUCUCCAUACCAUUCAGUCAAGCAUUUAUGCGCGGAAAUGAGCCUUAAUUGUGUUUAGCAAAAUAGCUAUACAGUAUAUUCUGAAUAGUCCUGCGGCGUCAAAACAAUGAGGGACUGGAUGGCAUGGUGAACAGUGAGAUUUUCUGUACCAGUGAUCAGAAUGUUCCAUUGUCUUUUCAUUGUUUUGAAAAUCCCACUGUUCUCCAUGUCAUCCAGUCAUGACCCAGUGAUCAGAAUGUUCCAUUGUCUUUUCAUUGUUUUGAAAACUCAACUGUUCUCCAUGUCAUCCAGUCAUGAUCCAGAGAUGAGAAUGUUCCAUUGUCUUUUCAUUGUUUUGAAAAUCUCACUGUUCUCCAUGUCAUCCAGUCAUGAUCCAGUGAUCAGAAUGUUCCAUUGUCUUUCCAUUGUUUUGAAAAUCUCACUGUUCUCCAUGUCAUCCAGUGAUCAGAAUGUUCCAUUGUCUUUUCAUUGUUUUGAAAAUCUCACUGUUCUCCAUGUCAUCCAGUCAUGACAAGAUGACAUAAGAACAGUGGGUUUUUUUUCCAAACAAUGAAAAGACAAUAGAACAUCUGAUCACUGGAUCAUGACUGGAUGGCAUGGAGAACAGUGGGAUUUUCGAAACAAUGAAAAGACAAUGGAACAUUCUGAUCACCUGAUUGUAAUAUGAUUCACUAUUGGUAUGCUCAGUGUUGCAAACGACCAUUCCCCCCAAAGCGUAAAACCAAAAAGUUAGAUCUGCGCAUGUGUGUGUCAAAAUUAGAUCUGCGCAUGUGUGUGUCAAAGUCUCCCACAAGCGUUGCAAUGGUUUUCUCAGUAUAAGUACCGCCAGUGAAGCGUGGUUCGAUAAAAGGGCUUUUACCGUCAAUGGUACGUCGGUCUGGAGACGGAUCGGCGCGGAAUCGCCAUCAAGAGAUUUCGGAAGCGUAAUGUUUGGAAACUUGUGGCAGUUGGUCGCCAAUGCGCCGACGCCCACUUACAACCGAAAUAUAAAAAUAGGUACAACAUUGCGUACGCUAGGAAUGUUGGAAUCUCAGAGGUUGCUUGGAACUUAUUUUUCAUCCAUACCUAUCAUUUAGUCUGAAGUAGGUUGUGCACUCCGGUGUAAUUUUUAAGACCAGUGACUGGCAAUGUCUAUAAUCUAAUAUUUCUUUCAGAAUGUAACUGCCAUCCAGUGGGGUCGCGAGGGAAGAUCUGUGACCAAGCUACAGGAGAGUGUCCUUGUAAGGAAGGUGUGACUGGCAGAACUUGUAAUGACUGCAAGCCUGGCUAUAGAAGUACCAAGACCAAAGCUGCACCUUGCCUUGGUAUGUCGUACAUUGUGUCUUUCACCUUGAUGACUGGAGUUUCAUUCCGGCAAAAUAUAGUUGUCUGUUUAUAAUUUCAGCUCAGUGGCAAGUGAGAAGAGUGUUUGCCUCUGUAAAACAAUGCAGGUUUCCUUUGGGGAACCACGGUUUUAUCCUGUAGUAAUAACACAGGACCGCUUUUAAAAUCUUAGGGGGGGGGGGGAAUAGUUUAUGUAACUCAUAGAGUUAUUGUAGUCUGUCAAGAUACGAUUUUCUGGAAGCCCGGAAACAUGAAAGCCACAAAAUAGAAGACGUUUGUUUGAUGUUGAACUGUACCUCACCAUGCACAAAUCCUUCGUCUCAACUUCAUUAAAAAUUAUGAUCGUCCUCGGCUAUCCCUAUUGGACGAUUACAAUGAGUUCAAACAUCAUUAAUAAUUCAUAAGCGUUUUGGCAAAUCAUGUCAACCAUAAUAUGUCACGUGCAGUGGCUUUAAACCUGAUAAAACACUCCUAAUUAGUAUUCUUUAUAUAAAGAAUACUAAUAAGGUAGUAUCUAUUGUAGUCGUGUCCUCAUUAGUAUUCUUUAUAUAAAGAAUGCUAAUAAGGCAGUAUAUCUAUUGAAUUUGUAGUCGUGUUUGAAGCCGUUUAAUAAACUCGCAGGUCGUGUUUUCAUUAGGCUUUAAACCUAAUAAAACAAUCCUGCUCGUUUAUUAAACAGUAGUUCAAUCACGGUGACUCAGAAAAACAUAACACAAUGACUCAAAACACUAAAAGUGUUGAGCAAAGCUUUUAUAAAAAUAAUUUUAAACGAAUCUUUUUCAGAUGUAAAACGUAACGAUGAGCCUCGCAAAGACGCUAGAAACACGGGUAAGCAUUUGAAACGAAUUUUGGGAUUCAAUUUAUCAAUUUAAUCGAUGAUUAAUCAAUAGACAAGUUGCAUGUUAGACUAAUUUUUUAUCUAGGUAAAAAAAGUAAAUUCCCGAAAAUUACUUAUUGAAAUUAGUAAAAAUUAGCAAAAUUUGGUUGCGAAGUUUAUAUAUGUUUGUAUUACGUGCGUAAAUUAGCCAUUCCGAAGUUGAUGAGAGGACUGGAGACGAGUGUUAAAAAGUGUCCAAAUUAAGAAAUGGACCAAAUCACUAAAAAGACCACCUCAAAAUUAGUAAGUAUACAACGUUUGAAGUUUACAUGAAUAUCCUUCGAGUAAUAAGCUUUCGAAAUCGCGAUAUUUACUAUGAAAUGUAUUGUAAUUUUCGUUUUGGGGACGCGCGUCCCAAAAACAAUCUUUUAAUCAGUAAUUUCACAAUUUUCGAAAGCUUAUUAUUCCAAGGGUAUUCAUGUAGACGUCUUCAAACUUUGUAUACUUACUAAUUUUGAGAUGGUCUUUUUUAGUUAUUUGGUUCAUUUCUUAAUUUGGGCACUUUUUAACACUCGUCCUCAGUCCUCUCAUCAAUUUCGGAAUAUCUAAUUGUUAAUAACAAACAUAUACAAAAUUUGCAAACUUUGCAAGGCUAUAUUUUCCAAGAUUUACAACAUUUAGCAACUAAAAACUAAUUUCAUUAUGUUCUUUUUAGCUGUAGUGUUUGUUCCCUUCUCUUUACUUAAAUUAAAUUUUAGUCUAACAUGCAAAUUCGCCAAAUUGCCCAUUAAUGAACCGAUUAAUGAAUCGAAUAAAAUAUUAUUAAACUAACUUAUUCAACUAUUUUUUUCUUCAAGAUUGCAAACAUUGUCGCCCAAUGCAGCUGUCGGUGACGAAAUACUGCAAACGAGAUUUCGGUAAGAAAAUAUUUCAGUAAAAUGGAGCCGGUCAGGUCAAUGUUUAUAUCUGCCGAAGCGAAUUAUUAUACAUUUUGGAAAAGAUAAAAAACAUACUAUUUAAGAGAAAAUUCUAAUAAAUACCUGUGGAAGAUAGCUUUGUAUUAUUUCGUGUACUUUUUGGUGUUGUCACCGUCUUUUUCUGACGAUAAUUUAAACAGUUCCCCUUGUUUAAAGAAGCGAAUCUAUUUUAUAUACAAAGCAACUGUACGCCAUUUUUUCUCGGCUUUUAAAAUUUCGCGGGCUUUUAAAGAGGACCACGCUGGGGCCUGGGCUCUACAUCAAUGCCCGUUCGCAGGUUAAGGGUAUAACGAGAUUGGCUUUUCCUCCAAUCAACAAAGAGAAUAAAGUUCAUAUGGCUAAUAAAAUAUAUUCAAAAAAUUUUUUCGUAGGUAUCCGAGUAAAAAUCCUCACCAGGACCCAUGUCAGAGGCUGGAUGAAAUUCACAGUUGAGAUAGAACAAGUCUUCAAGUGGACUGGGGAGACUCGAUUGCGCGAGGGCAAGAAAGCGGUCUGGGUACGAACACGUGACGUCAAAUGCAGCUGCCCUAAAUUCAGGCUGAGCAGGCGCUACCUGAUUGUCGGGUUUAACGAUAUCCACGAAAUCCAAAAGGGAAUCGUUGUUAGUCAGCGGACUGUUGUGACACAAUGGUCGGAAAAUAUUGCAAGGAGAGUGGCGAAAUUUCAAAGACGACAGAAAAAGGGGACAUGCCUUAGUACAAACGUCGAGGAGAACGCCUAGAGAUACUUGAGUUUGGUUGAAGAAACAGGUCAUAGCGUUUGGUGUCAGUUGAAGCGUAGAAGAAGGCGUUCUGUCAGUGAGUUUUAGACAUUAGCAAGCUCAAGGGAGCGGUCAUUAUUUAUGGGGGGGGGGGCGAAGAGAAAAGGGUUGGGUAAACAAAAUUUUGAGUGAGUAAAAGGUUGGGUAAAUGAAAAACAAAACAACUCAAGGGUUUGAUAAUAAAAAAUUAUUGUCAUUUCCAAAGCAUGACUAAAAAGCAAUGUCAACAAUCAUAUGGUAAUACAAUAUGUAAAUCAAUCAGAGUCACUAUCUUGAUCAUUUUCCGAUUUGUCAGGAGGCAAAUUUUGUCUCCAAAAAAAGUACAUGUGCAGACAACACGAAACUUUACACUGCAGAAAAUUACACAAACAGUUAUCAAACUCGUGUCACAGGAGUGGUAAAGGACAUUUGUGACAACUGAAUGGUAUCCUUUUGUAACGUUUUUGGCCAGGGGUGGUUAUUUGUUUUUUAAUUGAUAUUUGAGGUUGGGUAAAAAUUUCCCCCCACUUUUCUAUGGUUGGAUCCGCAAAAUUUGACCAAGAAAAAAAUUCUCUUCGAUGCCACCCCCCAUCAUAAAUAAUGACCGCUCCCUAAACAAGCGACGUUUCUGUCAGCUGAAGCUUUUGUGCGCAAAUAUUACGCGCAAAAGUACACAAAAUCUGUUUGGCACUCAAACGGUCUAUGACAACACUACGCCACAAAUGUAAAAAGCAACCACGUUGUUAUUUAAAGAGAUAUUUAUAACGUAUAAUAUUUGAAGUAGAAAUAGUUUAGAUUUUUUCCUAAACUAGAGUGAGGUCCGCUUCAGACGGCGAACUUUUCACGUGACCGAAUGCAUUAAGAGGCAAUUUUUUUCAAUGUCACGUGUUUGCAAUGAAAAGUGUUCAAAACCUAAAAUAUUUUUGGCGUUCCUCUCAAAAUUAUUUUGUUUUAGCUUUGUUCUCUAGUUUAUAGAGUUAGCUACCUUUAUAAAUGCAUCUGCCGGUUGAGAAACAUAAAAUAAUAGUCAAAAAUUGUCAAUUAAAAUACAAUUAUCAAUGAUGCUUUAAAAUUGACGCCAUAUUUACAGCCUGCAUAUAUGCAAAACUUAGUGAACUUCAGACAUCAUUUUCUCUUUGGCGUAUCAUCUAAAAUCUCUUCAUUUUAGCAUUAUUUUACAGAUAAAGCACUAAACAUACUUUUUAAGUUUGUUUGCCGAUUGUGAAACGUAUUGAAAAAUUUAGUCAUAACCUCAAGUGGUAUAUUAUACGCAUUAGCAAUUUGAGCGCGUGUUACGUAACAUACAAAAAAAUCUCCUUUUAAAAACAAUAGAUAAUCAUCUGAACUACCUUGAGCAUUAUCUAUUGUCUUUAAUGCAUUCGGCACACGAAAAGUUCGACGUCUGAAACGGGCCUGAGACAGACCAGUAAUGUGAAUAUAAUAUAUAGUAGGUCUGUUGGUGAGUAACAGUUUAUACAGUACAUUUUGUAUACCUGGCAUUCUCUGGUACAAACCGGACCAUAAUUGAGCAUGGCUAUUUUUUGUAUCAAAAAUGUUGAAUUCAUUAUAUUGAAUAUUUGUAUUUAUUGUGUUGUUUUAUCAUAAUUACAAUUGAAUUGCAGUAGUGAACUCCAUAUAAUUAUAUAUCUGGAGCAAGAACUUGAGCCAAGAUGGCGGUCAUUGACGUCCAAUAGCUCUGAAGGUCGUCCAACAGCUUUUAUACCAUUUCCCUCCAGCUAAUUCCAGUGUUUUCUAACGGACCGUAUCGCUAACCAAGUUAUCAGUUCAUAAAACCAUAGUGUUAUUCUUUAAAUCGAGGUCAAAAUACGAAAUUUCGGCACACUCCUUGCCAAGAUGGCGGAAAUUGAAGGAGCUGCUGGACGUCAAUGGACUUUAACCUUAUAACUAAAAUUUUGAUCUAGACAAAAAUCUCAUCACAGCUUGAAAGAGCAUCACAAAAUUAGUAAUAUUCCGAAGUUUCGUUGCGAAAUGUUGUAAAAUGCGGAUAAUAUAGCCUUGCGAAAUUUGCAAUUUUCAGUAAUUUUGUAUUACAAACGGGAAAUUGAUACCCCAACACCCGAUUGGGCUGUCAAUUUCCCGUUUGUAAUACAAAAUUACUGAAAAACGGCAAACUUCGCAAGGCUAUAUUAUCCGCAUUUUACAAGAUUUCGUAACGAAACGUAGGAAUAUUACUAAUUUUGUGAUGCUCUUUCAAGCUGUGAUGAAAUUUUUGUCUAGAUCAAAAUUUUAGUUAUAAGGUUAAAGGUCCAUUCCAGUCCUUUUCUAUUGUUUUUGUCUGCGCGGUUGACACGAAGCUGGCUUCACUUUUGGGACUCGAGUUCUCACUCCAGAUAAAUAUAGAGCUCAAUGUUGAAUUGAUAUUUAUUACAAUGGUUGGCCCACUGAUCCGAAAAUAUAGGACUGGAUAGAUGAAGCCAAUGGCGGUCGUAUUGUUGUGAGCAACGAAAAUUUACUGCAAUGUUGCUGACAUAUUAGAAUAGGUUCUUCACGUUGCUGGUGUUUGGUAGGAAUACAAGAGUAUUGCCUGGAGAAAAGUUGGUUAUUAUAAUAAAAAUCUCUCCUCAUUACAAAUAUUCUCGCUUCAAAAUUAAUUCCUCGAAUAUAAAAGGUUGAUCCAUCCAGGCCCACUUGUGAGAUCAAUGGGGUUGGCCUACGAUCAGUAAUUAUUGGAAUUUCAUAAGAAUCGUUCUUCUAUACAGACAUUCCCGAAUAGCGAUUAUGUUUCAUGAAGUUAAAUGCAAAUCUUACCAUGGCAGUUUCUGCUUGCUCAAUGUGGACAUUACUUGGAGAACAUCGUUUAACAUACAUUAUCUAACUAUCUAAUUACAAAAUUUUCCUCGCUCAAAUUAUAUUUUCCAUCUUAGUGCCAAAUGGAUAACUUACAUGCCUAGCUACUAUUAUACAAGUUCAGGGGCGAAACGUCCGUAUUACGGUUUGGGGAGGGGGGGGGGGUUGCCCGACCAAAAGGGCGUGGCCGAAGUCAUGCACGACGGACGAAAAUCUCAGUCGCUAAUUAAUAUUUCUUUUCCCAAAAUUGUUGACAGGGUAUUUUUUCACUAAGGUUCGAAAUAAUGUACCACCAUUUGUAAAAUUUUUUUCAGUAAUAUUUUCGUAAAUAAUUUUUUUCGUACAACCUAUGACUUUUCAAUCCGAGCCACUCAAAUAUUUUCAAAAUUUGCCCGACGGAAAUUGUAUGAAUAUAUACCCAACGAGAUAGAGAUUGGUGGUGUCACACACCCUCCACACCCCCGGUAGUUUCGCCCCGUGUACCAGUUUAAUGCGAAAGUGUUGAAUAGAACAAAGGUAACUCAGCAUUAGUAAGACGUCUACGAGUUAUUCACGCGUGUAGAUAAUCUAAUGCUUAGUUUUGUUCUAUUUAUGCUUUCUUAAAAAAACCCUACAAAAAGUACUGUAGUCUACAUGCAUGUACAUGAGUUAUCGGACGUUGUCAAUUGGCUGGAAACUCUGUCAAUUAAAGGGUAUUCUAUGUGAUGAAUUACCUUAGUUCGUCGACAAUGAAAGCAAGCGUGUUGGGUUUUUUCCAAUAAAUAAAUUCAUUUCGGCUUGGGAACAGCGGCAACCACGACGAUCACAAUUAUCAGAAGUACAAUUAUCACCAUCAUUGC